AUGACGAUAACUCGAGAAGCGUACGAGUGGAGAAGAGGAGAGCUUCAAAAGGCAUGUUCCUCGUUGUGCAUCACACAAAUGGAAGCGAUUUACAUUUCACCUGAAAACGCUCCAGAAGUUAAUCGUCAGCUCCAGCAAAUCCUCUCCUCGUCGUGUUGGUGUAAAGUAAAAGUAGAGGCCUUGAAGAUGAUUCGAAUGCUGGUUUUCUCGAAUCGAUAUGUCUUCUGA